UCCGCGGCGCCCUGAGACCCGGGCCCCGCGUACGGCUGGCGGGCGGCGCCGUGAUGCCCGGCGGCGGCAGCAGGGCCCCGACGUAGCGUGGCGGCGCGGCAGCCCGGUCCCGCGGGCGGAGGAUGGCGUGUCGCGGCGCCUGCUGCUGCUCCAGCGCGGGUCGCCUCAACGCGGACAACGCGCGGUUCCUCCUGCUGGCGGUGCUGAUCGUGCUGUACAUGCUGUGCGGCGCCGCCGUCUUCUCGGCCAUCGAGCUGCCCACGGAGCGGGAGGCUAAGGAGCGCUGGGAGGAACGCCUGGAGAACUUCACCCGGCGCCACAACCUCAGCCGUGCCGAGCUCCGGCACUUCCUCCGCGAAUACGAGGAGGCGAGCGGGGCCGGCAUCCGCGUCGAUGACAUCCGGCCCCGAUGGGAUUUCACCGGCGCUUUCUACUUCGUGGGCACCGUCGUUUCUACUAUCGGGUUUGGUAUGACCACCCCAGCCACCGUUGGAGGCAAAAUUUUUCUGAUAUUUUACGGCCUUAUAGGAUGUGCAGGGACCAUUUUGUUCUUUAACCUAUUCCUGGAGCGCUUGAUCACUGUCAUAGCUUACAUCAUGAAGUCCUGCCACGAAAGACAGCUGAGGAGGAAAGGGGUUCUCCCUCACAACGGCCGGCGGGGCUCGGGGACCUCUGAGGUGGACAGCCUGGCGGGCUGGAAGCCCUCUGUGUACUAUGUAAUGCUAAUUUUAUGUGUAGCAUCCCUCAUCAUUUCCUGCUGUGCCUCUGCAAUGUACACACCGAUUGAAGGGUGGAGUUACUUUGACUCACUUUACUUCUGCUUUGUGGCCUUCAGCACCAUUGGUUUUGGUGAUCUGGUCAGCAGCCAGAACAUCAGGUAUGAGAGCCAAGGCCUUUACCGCUUUGGCAACUUUGUCUUCAUACUCAUGGGGGUGUGCUGCAUCUAUUCCUUAUUUAAUGUGAUCUCUAUUGUCAUCAAACAGUCCAUAAACUGGAUAUUAAAGAAGCUAGCCUGCAAGUGCUGCCACAGGUGCCAAAGGAGAUUAUUUCGUUCACGGAGGAAUGUGGUGAUGCCAGGAAAUGUGCGCAGCCGGAGGAACAUCUCCAUCGAGACAGACGGUGUCAAUGAGAGUGACACGGACGGACGCCGUCUGUCAGAAGAGAUGAUCUCCAUGAAAGACUUCCUGGCCUCCAAUAAAGUCUCACUGGCCAUCAUGCAGAAACAGCUGUCAGAAACUGCUAAUGGGUAUCCACGGCAAAUGAGCUCUAACUCGAAGCAAAAUGGGUUCUCUGGUGGGGUUGGAGCCCUAGCAAUUAUGAAUAACAGACUGGCAGAGACAAGUGUGGAUAGGUAAAAUAAUAAUAGUAAUAGCAGUGAAACAGUGUGAACCAUUUCAACAGGUAUUGAAACAAUGUGAAUCAAGUGAAAUAGCAAGGGAGAGAGCACCACCAGUGGGUGCGAUGACGUGAUCACAUCUUCCUGAUGGAAGACCUCUUGACUUUUAUGGGGUCUGUCACUUAAUGGUUUUGCAUUGUACCAGUCCCAGCCUUCCUUUUCCCCCAUCAUUCUGCUCCUCAAGCAGGUUACUGCAGGAGGAUUUUAAUUUAGCCUUCAGAUAAAAUUUCCAUGUCCUGUUCUUCUCCAUUAUGUGACAUACAGAUUUCAGGAUAAGAAAUCUGUGGGAUGGGAAGAAACUAAGUGUGUCUACUGAGCACAUUCUUAAUUCAGAAAUUGUUUGGAGCUUUCUGUCUUACUCUUAUCAUGCCUGUUUCCUGGAGGUGACUUAUCUGAGACCAAAAGAUGAAUCAACCUUUGUGAUAUUGCAGACCUAAUUUAAUGGAAAAUAGUAUGAAAGUUGGUAGGUAUAUUCUGGAGCUAUUGUAAUGUGAAUGGGGAGAGAAUUUUGCCUUUAGAAUUGAUUUAGUCUUUCCUAUAAUAGGAUACUGUCAAAAGUGAUAGAAUAAAAACUUAUCUUACUUUU